GCCUUUAAGUGAUGGAUAUUCGAAAUGGUGUUUAGUUGUGCUCUACCACCGUCUUUCAAAGUUCUGCUAAUUCUCUAUUGAAACGCAAUUUUUUUUGACCAACGAUAAGAUUCCAUAUCUACUAAUUUUGGAUAUAUCGCGUUGUAUUUCGCAGCAGCGUUCUUGACGUGCAAAUGUAGGAUUUGGUAUCUACUGGUCAAACGUGACUACUUACCGGAUUGAGCACCAUCUCGCGCAGAUUUUCGUGAACUCAAAUUCCCAAUAUAAUUUUCACUUACUUCCAAUCACAGCUUGUAAUGAUAUGUGUUCGUGAAAACAUUAAGGCGCAACUAAAUGAAAUCGUAUUUCUCGAAAACCUGUAUGGCUUCGUUAAGCUAUCACCUCACAGUGUGUGUGAGGAAUUUCAAGCCUUCGUUAAUGGCGAACUAGACGAUGUCCAUAAUCAACUGACGUGCGUGAUUCUCGCUAAAGAUAAAAGCCCUCCUGUUGAGGUCGAAGUUACCCUACCUCACACUUAUCCGAACUCCGAGCUGCGGCUUAGAGCAUCAGUUCGUAGUAUUAACUCUCGAGUUAAUAAUAGGGAUCUUCAAGAGUUUGUUAAUUUAAUAUGCGAGCAACACGAACCAGGAACCUACUGCAUAUCAUUCAUCAUCGACUACGUCAAUACAAAGUGCGCUGAAAAUCCGGAUGGUGACUUGCCUGAUCAGGGUCCUACUUUCAGUGCUCAAAAUUCUAGAGACACGCCUGUUGAAUCGUAUCGUGUGUGGUUACUUUCGCAUCACAUAUAUGACAAGGUCAAGAGGCGAAAACUAGUUGAACUGAGUCUAGAAAGAUCACUUGGUGGUUUUUGCCUGCCUGGAAAGCCGGGCGUAAUUUGCCUUGAAGGCGAUCCGAACGAGUGCGCUCAAGCGAUAGCAAUCAUAAAAAGCUGGAAAUGGCGGAAAAUCGGAGUUAAGUUUGAAGAAAAAUGUGGCAAACAUUUUCGAUUUAAUGGUUGCUGUUAAUCAAAGGCAUUUACAUGCCAGUCUCGGCUAAGUCGAUCCAACAGAAGAAACCUUCGUUAUAGUGACGUGCCCUCAACAUCAAGCAUGCUGAGUGACGCUUACUUAAUCGCGUAUGCCCAGGACCUGGUCUUGCUCAUGGAAGCUCGUACGCAGGAUUCAUUGGAGCUAACAGCAAAUGCUGCCCUCGCCGAAAUAGACAGCUAGGUGUUUUCAAGGAGUUAACGUGCAACAAAGCUAAUCAAGGUGCUGGAAAAAGGCUGCACAUGGACCUGGGAGUGUUUUUGAACUACCUUGAAGCUCGAGAUCUGAAAUUUGCGUUUUAUGAACUCUUCGGAAUACAAUAAAAACAAGCGGACCGCAAGCGUUAUAGGUGAGAUACAUUCUGGUUGUUGGUUUGGUGGACGAGGUGAGUGCUCGUGUGAAACAAUGCGGCAAUUCUUGCUUGGGUUGGGUUGUCGCCUGGGGACGUUUAGUGACCGAAUGUUUGGACAGCAUCUGCUGCUGACAAAUGUGGCCGUUUCAACGGCGAUGGCCUUGGCGGGCGACGGAGUGCAGCAGUACUAUGAAGUAGCCUGCAGUUUUCAAGACAAGCUGCACAUCAAGCGGACUAUGCACAUGGGGGCUGCUGGUUUCACAACCGGCAUCGUAACCCACUACUGGUACAACUUCUUAGAUCGCUGGUGGCAAAGUAGAGCGGCAAAAGUUGUGCUCAAGAAGGUUCUUUACGAUCAGAUUCUCUUUUCGCCUAUAUGUCUCACCAUAUAUUUUGGAACACUCGCCAUCCUUGACGGAUCCAACUACGAUAAAUUUAAACAUGAACUCACAGAUAAAGGCAGUACCGUAUAUACAGUCGAGUGGUUGAUAUGGCCACUUGCGCAAACGUUUAACUUUUACUACCUACCAUUGCGUUAUCGGGUGGUGUUCGACACUGUUAUUUCAUUUGGAUUUGACGUCUUCACUCCGUAUAUCAUAUAUCGCGACCAGCGUAAAUUUAGUAGACAAAUAGUCUACAAGAACGUCUCUGAGACAGGUAUUCAAAAAGAACCAUCCAAAAUUAGCCAGCAAUGCUAAAUUAGUUCUUCCCAAUCAGGUUGAGGCACUGUCAAACAGACCUAUUCCCGGCAAGAAUAUAUGAAAACAAAAGCCGCAUAUUUUAAUUUUACAUGUUCAAAAAGACUGAAUAAAAGAAAAUAAAAUUGA